CUGACACCUACAUGAACACUUUACAGUUCGUUAUAUGACUGUAAGUCAAUCCCUUCAAAUGCUAUUGAAGUUAGAAUCGUGUUUAACAAUGUCGUAUGUAACUUUAGAGACGGUCCCUUAAUUUCCACAUAUCCGCGAAUAUCGAACGUCCGACGUCAAACCGACUUUAUUCCAGUAGUGACAUGCACGAUAAUUAUCCAAUGAUGGAAGCAUAUCCCAAGCGGCGAGGCAAUUAGGAAAUGUUGCAUGAGUAAAUAGAUCAAUUAUCAUAAAAACCUGUUGGGCUCAAUAAUAUAAUAAAAGUGAGGAUUUUUUUUUAAAUAAAAAGAAACAUUAAAUGAUAACUUGAGGGGUAAUAUAUACAAUAUAUAUGACUAUUAAUGACAUUUGUCGUUUUGAGGAUUCUAUACAGCACUUUUCUUACUGUCAAUCAACAUUAAAGGUAAACGUACUUCCGGUCGACUUGCUCUCGGGUUGAAUUAUAACCGUACGUUCGGAGGCGGGGAUUUAGCGGCCCGAGUGCCUGGCAACCCACUGAACACAAUAGACGAGCGUCCAGUCUUCUGGAGCAGAUGUGGGAGAGGACCGCGUUUGAUUGGCCGGUGAGAUUCAAGAUUUACCGGACUAUAAUCAUGUGCAUUCGGCUUUCAGGAAGCAAGAUGAGCUUUAUUCGGAAGGGAACACGUGUGUUUGUAAAGACUGCUGGCGUGACACCUGUCUGAAGAACAUUAGCAGGAGUGUUUUGUUUGGCUUCUGGUGAAUGAAAAAGUACUGAAAAAUCUAAGAUAUCAACUGCUCGCUCCAUGGGGCUAUUCAGGAAAUCGUCUACCUGUGCUGACCUUCUCCUCCUCCCCUCUAACUUUUUCACACUCCAGCCAAUUAUGACUCAUCACUUAGCCAGAAAUGGCCAUUUAUGGAUUUGUACUAGCCACAGCAAGUGGUAAACCUCUCACUGAUAACCUAUGGAGCAGCCUGACGUCCAUCUUAUCAUCAGAAGCCUUGGUGGAUGCAAGUGGCCGUUUUUAAGCAGAGACAAGAAGCUGACUUUAUGCUGGACGACAUGGUGCCCAAGAACGUAGACUCGGACGGCGUGGAAAUGCUGCAUGUGGAUGUUGAGCCUGUCAAGUCUUCAGGCAGCAGAUUAAAUGGCGUUAAGAAAAUGGAGGUUUCUGAAAAAUCAGCCAGUAAUGAUUCUGUGGAUCACAUCCCCAAACGCCUGUGGGUCAUGCAUGGAGCUGUCAUGUUCGGCCGUGAGUUCUGCUAUGCCAUGGAAACAGCUCUGGUCACGCCUGUGCUACUACAGAUAGGUCUUCCUGAGCAGUACUACAGUCUGACAUGGUUCCUCAGCCCCAUUUUGGGUUUAAUCUUUACGCCUCUGAUCGGCUCAGCCAGUGACCGCUGUACCCUCAGAUGGGGUCGGAGAAGGCCCUUCAUUCUGGCUCUGUGUGUAGGAUCACUGCUCGGUUUAGCUUUCUUUCUCAAUGGAUCUCUAAUGGGCAUGACUGCAGGCGAUGUUCCUGGUAACCAGCCCAUUGGGAUCAUUCUGACAGUGGUGGGUGUAGUGGUGCUGGAUUUCUGUGCUGAUGCUUUAGAUGGACCAAUCAGAGCCUACCUGCUGGAUAUCGCUGAUGGUGAAGAGCAAGACAUGGCCCUGAAUAUUCAUGCAUUCUCUGCAGGUUUGGGUGGAGCUUUGGGUUACAUGCUUGGAGGUUUGGACUGGACAAAUACCUUCUUGGGACAUGCUUUCAAAGCCCAAGAGCAAGUGCUGUUCUUCUUUGCUGCCAUUGUAUUUAUCAUUUCUGUGGUGCUUCACCUUUUUAGCAUCCAGGAGCGACCAUUCAAAGCUCAUCAGCAGGAGAUAUCUGAGACCGAGGAAGCAGACAGCUCCUCAUCCGUUCAGCUUAACGAGAUCCUUCCUAGGACUCACCAAGUGCCGGAACUGGAUCUUAUUAUUGAAGAGGAUACUUUUGAAGCUUUUGAAGACAAUCAAUCUGAGACAGACAUCCAGAACGACUUCCUGAAUGUAAUGAGAAGUAAAAGUGACUCUGUUCUUGCUGCACCAGACACUAGCAUUGAGCUUGAUCCAGAUUUGGACCUUGAUGAUCACUUUCUCCACAACGUAGAGCCAGCUUUAUUCCAGGAUUUCCACUCUGAAAAGCCGUUUGAAUAUUGCCUGAACAGCAGCUGUCAGGCCAAUCAUUGCUUCAAGCUCCCACUCCAGGCAGAUCCUACAAAGGACAAUGAGCACCCUAAUGCUACCAGAGUUCUCAACGGCGACCUUGCUGGGGAUACCAAACCAAAAUGUGACGUGAACCAGCAAAAUAAAGCCGGUAUUCGUCAUUCCAAUGUGACAGUCCGCUGUCGGCACCCUUCAUUCUACCGGCAACCUUCCUUUACCUUCUCUUACUAUGGCCGGAUGCGCUUUCAUCGGAUUCGGCGCCACAUCGAUUCAGGUCGCCCAAUCCAGUCAUCACAAAGCCUGAACGACAUUGACAAGAUAGCAAGACCGCAGGAGCGUCGGAAGCUGCAGAAAAGAGGUAGCGCAUCAUCUGGAGCGGAUGAAGAAGAUGACGGUGAGAGUGAAGAAGGAGAAGGAAGUGGCACUACUGUGAAGCUGCUUUGGUUAUCCAUGUUGAAAAUGCCUCCACAGCUCUGGCGCCUGUGUGUGUGCCAUCUUGUCACUUGGUUCUCCAUUAUCUCCCAGGUUGUUUUCUAUACUGAUUUCAUGGGACAGGUCAUUUAUGAAGGAGACCCAACGGCUGCUGCAAACUCGACUGCACUUCAAAGCUACCAUAAGGGAGUACAGAUGGGCUGUUGGGGGCUAGUAAUCUAUGCUGCCACUGCUGCCAUCUGCUCAGCUGUGCUUCAGAAGUAUCUUGACAACUAUGACCUGAGCAUUAAAAUCAUCUACAUGCUGGGAACUCUAGGCUACGCUGUUGGCCUGGCUGUAAUGUCCAUCUUCCCCAACGUCUAUGUCGCCAUGAUAAUGAUAAGCAGCAUGGGAUUAAUUUCUAUGAGUAUAUCGUACUGUCCUUAUGCUCUGCUGGGACAGUACCAUGAGAUCAAAGAGUACAUCCGCCACAGUCCAGGUAACUCUCGCCGAGGCUUCGGUAUCGAUUGCGCCAUUCUGACAUGUCAGGUUUACAUUUCUCAGAUUUUGGUGGCGUCAGCGCUCGGGGCAGUUGUGGAAGCCGUAGGCUCGGUGAGAGUCAUCCCAAUGGUGGCUUCAGGGGGCUCCUUCAUUGGAUUUCUUACUGCUGCGUUGCUUGUGAUUUACCCGGACACAUCUGAGGAUGACGAUGACGAUGACGAAGACGAAAAUGAUCAAGUCCCAAGUACAACCUGAGUUUGUUGAUGAUUAACAGACCAGGGUUGCCUUCGCUAUGUGCAAAGCUGAUGCUAAGGAGCUUUGGCUGAGUAAUAGAGGCUGAAUCAUAAACGUCACUUUUUCGCUGUGAAUAGUUUGAAGUGUACUACAAAAUCAAAGCAGAUUUCAAUGCUCCAAAAUGGUCAUAAAGUGCCUGAGGAGUGCAACCAUUUCAGUCUACCAUGAUAAUAUCCAGGCAUCAUAUAGCAUGUAAACAAGCAUAAUGUAGCUUGUGUAUGUGCUAUAUGAUGCCUGGAUAUUAUCAUGAUUGACUGAAAUGGUUGCACUCCUCAUGCACUUUAUGACCAUUUUGGAGCAGUGAAAUCUGCUUUGAUAUUAUCAAAUUAUUAGAAUAAUAAUAUUAAAAAAAGGUACAGAAAACAGCUGUGUUACUCCUGGCAUUGUGCUGCAAAAAAAAAGUACUUUUAUCUGAAUGGUACAAAAUAUGAAAAUAUGAAUAUUUUAUCUGAAUGGUCCCAAAAGUUUUCUCUUGGAUAACAGUAUUAUCCAGAAGUCCUAAGCUUCACAUUGACCAGUUUUACAUCAUUUCACUUAAGCGCUUUUCUACUGCCAUGAUGAUGAUGAUGAUGAUGAUGGUCAUGUAGAUGAAUGUACAUUCUAACAUGUAGAUGGAGUUCCUUUAUUCCACACAGCCCUGCAAGAGUUGCUUUUGCACCAACAACAAAUCACGAAGGCUUGACUUUACUGAUUUACGAAGUUUGUACUGUAUCAUACUACAGAGUUUGCACAUUCAUAUUUCAGUUGUUUUACCGAUAUGCUGGAUUACCAUUAGUGCGUGAAACAGAAGCACUCAGGGGAAUAUCUCUCGCUCUCUCGCUCUCUAUCCAUCUAUCUAUCUAUCUAUCUAUCUAUAUAUCUAUCAGGUGCUGCGUGAAUAGGUUACUUGUAUACAGUCUUAACUAUGCACAAUUGGGGGAAAAAAAGUCAAUAUAAGGAAUUACGUUUUUAUAGAGGAUCACCAUAGUUGGUACACUUUUUUUUUAAAUUAUUUUAUAAAUAAAGUUUUUGGGAACAAUUGUGUACGUGAAGUGAAAUCACAUGUUCAACUACUUUUUCUAUUCUGUUUUAAUACCAUGGCCUGAGAUUAACAUUGAUACAUGGCAUUUAGCCAUGCCUUGUCAGAAAAUGACUGCUGUUUCAGUUCUCUGUAUUUUUUUUUUUUUUUUAUGAUCAUUUUAUGCAAUCCAGCUGUUUACCAUAGCUGAUCUAGGACUAGGUUUGUUUGUCCCCCUUUAUAAUGGUUAAAGAUCUUGUUUCAGUGCUCUCACUACAUGUAAAUCUUGUAAUGUUUUGCUGAGAGACCGUUUCUGUUCUUGUCAGGUAUUUGAUUUUGCCAGCAUCACUUGAAUUUUGAUCAUUUCAGUGGAAUUGCUCGAAGAUAUUCAUAGCAACAUGGCAUUAAUUGUGUUUGUUAAAGCAAAUAAAUAACUUUAUCCCA